UAUAUCCAAACGGCACCAAAGUGUUAGCUGUGACAGCGUCUUCGUUCACUCCACUCCCGCUCCCGCAACCCCGCCGCCACCUCGCUUCCCUCCUCCACCGCGGCUCGGCGAUGGACCCAACUACCGGUAAGCCCGCCGCGCCCUCCAAUGCCGACCUCGUCCUCCUCAUCCCGCCCGACCACCCUCCGCCGCCUCUAGCAAGCAACCACCAGCAGCGGCAGCCGAACCCCGCGGCCGAGCCCCCCAAGCCCUCGCAAAUCCCCGAGAAGCCGCCGACCUCAAGCCCCUCGCGCCCGCCGCUGCCUCCCGCCUCGGCCGCGCUCCUCCGCCGCCGCUCCUCCAUCUCCAAGCCCAAGUCCCGCUUCGUCGAGCCGCCCACCCCGCCCCACCCCGGCUCCUCCCACCCCUCCCCCGUCCACCCCGCCGCUUCGACCCAGACGCCUCGCGCCGCGGGAUGCGUCACCGCGGCCGCCGUCUCCACCCCGCACACCCCCGCCGACGCCGACGAGGAUGAGGACCUCUUCCGCAAGGGCGGCGCGCCCGCCUCCGCGUCCGCGGCGCGGUGCCGCCGCAGGACCCGCCUCGCGAUCGAGCUCUCUGUGCUCGUCCUCUUCCUCGCGCUCCUCGUCGUCAGCCUCGUCGUACAGCCGCUGCAGGGGCGCGUCGUCUGGGGGCUGGAGAUCUGGAAGUGGUGCGUCAUGGUCAUCGCCGUCUUCUCCGGCCACCUCGUCAGCCACUGGUUCGUCAUGCUCCUCGUCUUCGUCGUCGAGCGCAACUUCCUGCUUCGCACCAAGGUGCUCUACUUCGUCUUCGGGCUCAAGAAGAGCUUCCAGGUCUGCCUCUGGCUCGCGCUCGUGCUCAUCGCGUGGUCACAGCUCUUCGACCGCGAGGUCGGCCGCCCGCCCAAGACCGCCAGGAUCCUCAACUACGUCUCCAGGUUCCUCGCCUCCGUGCUCAUCGGCUCGGUCAUCUGGCUGGUCAAGACCUUCCUCAUGAAGGUGGUCGCCUCCACGUUCCAUAGGAAUACGUUCUUUGAUCGGAUCCAGGAGAGCGUGUUCCACCAGUACGUGCUGCAGACGUUGUCGGGCCCGCCGGUGAUGGAGCUUGCGGAGCAUGUGGGGAGGGAGGGCAGCGGGCUUGGGCGGGUGAGCCUCAGCCGGGCGAAGGAGGAGAAAGGUGUGCCAGAGGUGAUAGAUGUCACCAAGCUGAGGAGGAUGAGCCAGGAGAAGGUGUCAGCAUGGACGAUGAAAGGGCUGAUGACAGCAAUCCGAAGCUCUAGGCUGUCAACCAUCUCUCAUACUAUUGAGAGCUUUGAUGAUGUUGAUGGCAUGGAACAGAAGGAUAAGGAGAUAAAUAGUGAGUGGGAGGCAAAGGCGGCGGCCCAUGCCAUAUUCAAGAAUGUUGCAAGGCCCGGCUAUAAGUACAUUGAGGAGGUGGAUCUGCUGAGAUUUUUCACCAAGGAGGAGGUGGACUUGGUGAUUCCGAUGUUUGAGGGAGCAUCAGAGACUGGAAAGAUAAAAAAGUCUGCUCUGAAGAAUUGGGUGGUAAAAGCAUACCUUGACCGCAAAGCACUAGCUCAUUCUCUGAAUGACACAAAGACCGCAGUUAUGCAACUUCACAACCUCAUCAGCGUUUUAGUUAUUAUUAUAAUCAUUAUCGUCACACUACUGUUUAUGGGCAUUGCGACAACCAAAAUCCUUGUUGUCAUCUCAUCCCAGCUUCUAGUUGUGGUAUUCAUAUUUGGAAAUGCCUGCAAGACUGUAUUUGAGGCGCUUAUAUUUGUAUUCAUCAUGCAUCCCUUUGAUGUUGGUGAUCGCUGCGUUAUUGAUGGAGUGCAGAUGGUUGUCGAAGAAAUGAAUAUAUUAACUACUGUUUUAUUGAAGAAUGACAAUGAGAAGAUAUAUUAUCCAAACUCUGUAUUGUCCACAAAGCCAAUCAGCAACUUUUACCGAAGCCCAAACAUGUACGACACAAUUGAUUUCGCCAUUGAUGUUUCAACUUCGAUCGAGACCAUUGGAGCUUUGAAGUCCAGAAUUAAAGGGUACUUGGAGAGCAAACCAACUCACUGGAACCCUAUCCACACGGUAAACCUAAAGGACAUCUUGGAUGUGAACAAGAUCAACAUAUCUCUCUCUGUCCAGCACACAAUGAACUUCCAAAAUAUCCGAGAGAAGAACAUCAGAAGGUCUGAGCUUGUCAUGGAGCUAAAGAAAAUAUUCGAGGAGAUGUCCAUCCAGUACCACCUUCUGCCCCAGAAAGUUGAAGUCAGCUACGUUGGCCCCAAUCCGUUGCCCAUGGCUAUUGCUCAAACCAGAUAGAAGAUGGGGUCUACUAUUAGACUAAGAGUUGAUAAUCAUACCAUGGAUGUCAAAGGUCCUGACAACUGAUUACUAAUUUUGUAAUCUGUACUGAAGCUUUUAAAAUCACUGUGCUUGAUAGCA